UUUGAACCAACUUUUUUCGUCUGCCAACGACCGCUCGCCAUGUGCCAUGAGCAAACUGGACGGUGCGGAAGUGGCGCCAGGGCUUUGGGUGGGAGGCUUGGCCUUCGCUGAGGACUGGCGGAGCUUAGAGCGCUUGGGAGUCGUACGGGUGCUUACAGUGGGCACACGUUUGCAACCGCACUUGGCGUGGGCUGCCGACUGCAACCUCACCAUCAAAUGCUACGAGAUCGAGGACCAUCCUUGCGCAGAUCUUCUGGGAACAUUACCAAGCGCCCUGCGCGAGAUCGACAAGGUCAUGAAGCAGAGGAAGGAAGCGAAGAAGGCGGAGUCCCCGGACGCCGGUUGCGGGGUCUUGGUGCAUUGCGCCUCCGGCAUCAGCCGGUCGGUGUCCGUGUGCAUGGCUUGGCUCAUGCUCCGCAAGAAGCUCUCUUCGGAGGAGGCCUUACGAGAGGUCAGGAAGAGCCGGCCCCAAGCCCUGCCCAACCACGGCUUCCUGCAAUCUCUCCGGCUCCUGGAGAAAGAGGGGGACCUGAAAGCCGCGCACAAGCUCUGGCAGAAGUCCAACGACAUCUCCAAGGACAGCCGCGACCGCUGCGUGGCGAAGCUGCGGGACCGCGCCGACAAGGCCACGGAGCAGGCGGCGCGCCUGGAGGAGCGGCUGCAGCGGGCGGCCGACUCGGAGCUGAAGAGGGUGGUGCGGCGCCUACGGCGGCUCUUGCAGGACAUUGAGAAGCUGAAGCCUCGCACCACCAUCGAUGACAAUGUGGCAUACAGCAUCAGGAGAACCACGGCCGAGAAGGUGACACAUCUUCUAUCCAUCUGGGAGCCACGGGUGCAGUAUGCGUCUGAGGGGCAUGCAGAUCAGACCGAGAUUAUGGAUUCUGUGUCUGACUCCUGGUCUGCGGACGAGGAUAUUGAAGAGGUGGAGGAGAUACCAUCUUGUGAAAUGAGAUUCUUCAAGAAAGUCGCGGUGGCUUUGUGAGUGGCAGCUAGGCCACUCAACUUUUAAAACUUUCACCAUGUACAGCAGCCUGAGCAAGUGCUGUUUCCACCUAGGUCACGUGCGGGUGUGAAUAACACCUUGCAAUCUGUGCCGUCUAUGAUUUUUGUUGGCGAAUGUACGGCCACUGGUGUGGGUUCAUCGCUCGCCGAUGCACAUGCAAGAGCUUGCAGGCUGAA